UGUGUUUUUUCCUGCACAUUGACGACAGACAUGUGAGCAGACAUUGAUCUAUUUUCCAAUUUCAAGUUUCAAAAAUGGAAUAAAGCGAUCCAACAAAAAGAGUAGAAAGUUUAGAAAAUGAAGAAAACUCUUUCCCAAAAAGCAUCAAGUUUAAGAACUAGUAGAAUUUUGAAUCCUCAACAAAAUCUUUCUUAAUCCACUUUACUUUUUCCAGAAUUUGCUCAUUUCUUAUAAAAUUUGUAUUCUAGCAUAGUACUACUCUACUUGCAGUCGUCUCUUUCUCUCUCUUCAUCUCUGUUUCUGUGAGAGAGAAUUGUUACUUCUGUAGUUGUUGCAAUUGGCACUCGACUCCAAAAACUCAACACAGAUAAACAAUUCGUUUUUCUAAGCCCCUUUUUCUCACUCUACUUUUCCCAGACACCAUUCUUGAAAUCUUCCUCCUUUUCCCAGUCACGCUCGCUGCAAUUUUCUGUCUCACUCCUUUUGUUUCAGCUCCAUCUGUCCAUUCAAACUCAAAAGUUGAGUUCUUUACUUCAAAUUCUUGAACCCCAGAAAAAAAAAAAUCCAAUCUUUGAGAUGGAGAAGCUGGGCGUUCUUGUUUUCAUGGCGGGGGUAAUUUUGGUGCUGAAAUGCAAUGCUGCUGAAACUCUACUUGAAAGCGACAAGCAAGCAUUGCUAGAUUUCGCAAACAAUCUCCCACACUCUCGCUCUUUAAACUGGGAUGCGAAUUUCCCAGUUUGCAAGAACUGGACUGGAAUUUCCUGCGACGCCGAGGGCAGAAGAGUAAUUUCAGUGAGGCUGCCGGGAAUCGGGCUCCACGGCCCGAUUCCGACGAACACCCUGAGCCGCUUAUCAGCUCUGCAGAUCUUGAGCCUCAGAUCCAACGGCAUCAAUGGCACCUUCCCGCUUGAUUUUGGUGACUUGAAAAAUCUAACCUAUCUUUAUCUUCACUACAACAGUUUAUCUGGUCCACUGCCUUUGGAUUUCUCUGUUUGGAAGAAUCUAACUGUGCUUAACUUGUCUCACAACGCCUUCAACGGAAGCGUUCCCCCUUCGUUUUCGAGCUUGAGGCAGCUCAGUGUAUUGAAUCUUGCUAAGAAUUCGUUUACCGGUGAGAUUCCUGAUCUGAACUUGCCAAAUUUGCAGCAGCUUAAUUUCUCAGACAAUGAUCUUGUUGGUAGUGUGCCUAGUUCAUUGCAGAGGUUUCCCAAAACUGUAUUCGUAGGAAAUGCUGAAUCUUUGUUGGAUUACACUGUAACUAGCUCACCCUUAGUUUUAGCACCUCGUGAUCAAGGUUCAAGAAUCAAGAAUGUAGGAAAACUUAGUCAAAAUGCAAUGCUUGCAGUUGUCGUAAGCGGUUCUGUUGUAGGGCUUGUUGGUUUUGGUUUCCUGUUGUUUGUGUGCUUGCUUAGGAGGAAGGCGGACGAGGACGAUGAUGCCUUUACCGGGAAGCUCGAGAAGGGGGAGAGAACCAUCUCCGGGGGCGAAGAUGGGAGCAACAAGUUGGCCUUCUUUGAGGGGUGCAACUAUGCCUUUGAUUUGGAGGAUUUGUUGAGGGCUUCUGCUGAGGUGUUGGGUAAAGGCACGUUUGGGACGGCCUAUAGGGCGAUUUUGGAGGAUGCCACGACAGUUGUAGUGAAGAGGCUCAAGGAUGUCAACGUCGGGAAGAAGGAUUUUGAGCAGCAGAUGGAAUUGAUUGGAAGCAUCAAGCAUGCGAAUGUGGCUGAGCUUAGGGCUUACUAUUACUCAAAGGAUGAGAAGCUCAUGGUUUAUGAUUAUUACAGCCAAGGCAGUUUGGCUUUGAUGCUUCAUGGAAAACGAGGAGAAAGCAAGACUCCGCUGGACUGGGACAGCAGAGUAAAGAUUGCCCUCGGAGCUGCAAGGGGUAUUGCCCGAGUCCAUGAAGAAAACAACGGGAAGCUGGUUCAUGGCAACGUCAAAUCUUCCAACAUAUUUCUGAACCCUCAACACUAUGGUUGUGUAUCCGAUCCUGGUCUGGCUGCAGUAAUGAGCUCGGUGCCUCCACCAAUAGCUCGUGCUGCAGGGUACCGUGCCCCAGAGGUGACAGACACGCGCAAAGCAACACAGCCGUCUGAUGUUUACAGCUUCGGGGUGAUCCUACUCGAGCUUCUCACUGCCAAGUCCCCCAUACACACGACCAAUGGGGACGAGAUCCUUCAUUUGGUGCGGUGGGUCCACUCAGUCGUCCGAGAGGAGUGGACAGCUGAGGUAUUCGAUCUUGAAUUGCUCAGGUUCCCGAAUAUAGAGGAGGAGUUGGUGGAGAUGCUGCAGAUAGCUAUAGCUUGUGUGGUUAGAAUUGCAGAGCAGAGGCCUAAAAUGUCACAAGUUGUGAAGAUGAUCGAAAAUGUGAGACCUAGUGAAGCUAAGACUGAGGACUCCACUCCAAUGCCUUCAUCACCGGGUUCCUGAGCCUCGUCUCGGUAGCUAGCUAACCUUCUUGUUCGUGCCGUGCUGUCUUGUCUUAGGAGUCGGGUUCACCGCCUUGGUGGAUGCAGACUUCGAACGUGGCCCCGGUUGAAAGGAAGUUUUCGACUGGGGUUGUACACUUUGGUAGUCGAUUAUGUGCAUCUAGCAAUCUAAGUGUCUAAGUUUAUUUUUCUUGAUCUGUAUGCAUCUGGAUCAAACAGAUUGAUUUUACUAUGAUAUUCUUGAUUUUUUUUUCUAUUUCA